AUGGGGCCAUCAGGUGCUGGAAAAUCGUCGCUUUUGAACGCACUCACUGGAUUCUGUUUAAACGGUGUAGAAGGCACAGUCAGAGCUGGUGAAGCAGUUUGUAAAAUAAGAAAGGAUAUAUCGAGCAGCGCGAUACGAGCUUAUAGAAAGAAAUCCUGCUACAUCCUACAAGAUGACCGCCUGGAUCCGCUUUUUACAGUCAAAGAACUUAUGGACUUCGCUGCGGAUUGCAAACUGGGGAACAUGAUCACUCCGAAACUAAAAAAAACUAUAAUAUCAGAUAUAUUGGAGACACUCGGGUUAAAAGGCCACGAGAACACAAGGGCUGGCAAUCUCUCUGGCGGUCAGAGAAAGAGGUUGUCUAUCGCUGUGGAGCUAAUUGACAACCCUCCAGUCUUAUUUCUGGAUGAACCAACAACUGGUCUCGACAGUCUUACAACAAAUCAGUGUAUCAGCAUGCUGAAGGAACUCGCAAAGGGAGGACGCACAAUUGUUUGCACUAUACAUCAACCUACAGCACUGAUAUACAAAAUGUUUGAUCAGGUGUACAUACUUGCUGAAGGAAUGUGCAUUUACGAUGGGAAUAGUGAAAGCACUGUGUCAUACUUAUCAUCUAUGGGUUUUAAUUGUCCCGUGUACCACAACCCUGCUGAUUACAUUUUAGAAAUCGCGAACGGAGAAUAUGGAAAGUUCAAUGAACUGAUGGCAGCGCGGUGUAUCCGAGAUCAAAAGAUUGAUAAAGUCCUUCCACAUUCAGAGCAAGAAACUCCCUCACCUCUAUCUUUCGGAAAGAUGUCAAUCAUGGUCAGUCAGCCUCAUGAGGCUUACAGGUUUGGAGUACUCUUCAAACGGUGUCUGAAACAACAGUAUAGAGAUUGGACUGUGACGCAUCUAAAAGUGAUAUUACAUCUAUGCCUGGGUAUCAUUCUUGGAUUGGUAUUUGAUAAUUCAGGCAACGAUGGAUCAAAAACAUUUAGUAAUCUUGGCUUCCUCAUCAUAUCAUCUACCUAUCUCUGCUACACGUCUGUUAUGCCAGCUGUUCUAAGAUUUCCCGACGCUUUACCUGUAUUAAAAAAGGAAAAUUUUAAUAAUUGGUACGGUCUGAAAACUUAUUAUGCAGCUACUUUGGUUACCACGAUUCCAAUACAAAUAUGGUACAGUCUUGUGUACUCCUUGCCAGCAUAUACGAUCACCGGACAACCGCUAGAACUUUCUCGAUUUGUCAUGUUUGUCCUCAUCCUUGCCAACGUGACUCUUUUGGCUGAUGCGAUAGGCAAUGUCAUUGGAUCCUGUCUGAACCCUAUUAAUGGAACAUUUUUUGGCGCAAUUAUAACGUGUAUUAUGCUCGGUUUUGCUGGUUUCCUGGUUCUGCUGCCUCAUAUGCACCCCAUCAUGCAGUUUAUAUCAUAUGGCUCUUUUUUGAGACACGCCUUCGAGGGUUUGGUCUUAUCUAUCUACUCAUAUGGACGAACACCCAUUUACUGCCCCGACAGUGUAGGUUACUGUCAUAUGAGGUAUCCUAAAGAACUAAUGAAGGAGCUUAGUAUAAAACCAGACAACUAUUGGACGGACGUCGCCAUACUCCUAUCAGAGAUUGUUGUUUUAAGAAUAGUUGGUUACUUGACACUGAGACGUAUGAUCAAAAAAGCUAAUUAA